CUUCAUUCAGUCGAGCCCUUGCCUGUGGAUCUCCAUAUGCCCACAACACCACAUGACUAUCAGCGCAAAGGCGCAGCUCAGAUCGAUUAUCUAUGCAAGUCAGUCUUUCGAGGUUGCUUGAUCGGUGAUCCUAUGGGUCUUGGGAAGACCCUACAGGCGAUCAUGAGCAUGAAACUUAUUAAACACGAGCCUGGAAUCAUAGCUGUCUUUUGCCCAGCCAAUCUAUGCAUACAGUGGGUAAAAGCUAUCGAAGGGGCUUUCGACGAGGGGCACGGGCUAUCCGCUUUUCUUCUAAACGACUCUUCGGUUUCGGCUCACAGCAUUCUAGCUAAUCGUUUUGACGCUGUGGUGUGCUCUUUCGAGUUUGCGGAUGCAAACAUGAGCAAGAAAACCAAGUUCGAAAACAAGAUUGAGGUAGCAGCCAAGAAUCCGAAGGGUACGCUGCUGAAUCGACCUACAGUAGCCAUUGCUACUGGGAUGUGGGCGCUCCUCGGCCUCCCUAUCAAGCGCGGGUACAUUGACGAGGCUCAAAUGGUCAACAAGAGAACUGGGAAAAGACAUCAGUCUCUGAUGAAGUUGCCAGUCUCGUCGUGGUGCAUAAUGUCAGGCACCCUAGCUCAUAACAAAUGGUACGAUAUAAGCGGCUAUCUCGACUUUAUCAAAGGCCAUCCGUACACCACCGAUCGUGAGUUCCUAGCUCAAUUCAAAACUCCCAGCUAUACUCCAAACGCAGCCCCGGAUAUAUCAGGAGCACAGCUCUAUCUCCUUCAGCGAUUCCUCCAGGCAUUCAUCGUAAUGCGUCCACGAGAUGUGUUGCGACUUCCUCCAUGCCACAGACUUUCUUUUGGAGUCAAAGUGGGUGAAACUCAAGAAUCGGUGAUUCUGGAAUGGACAGAAGUUUACAAGAAAGCCUGCGUAAUGGACAAGAAAUCCGCUGAUUUCAAGCAAAACAAAAACAAAGAGAUUAGUGCAUUGGGAGCUGCCAUUCGAUGCCAACUGCACGGCCUACAUCCCCGCCUUGCACCGGCUUCAAAGACUAUCAAGUUCAACCUUGAAGCAGAAGACGUUGCCAACUCAACCGCUGAGGGUUUGAACCAAACCUACAGCCCUGAUGAGGCUAGUCAACAAGAAAAAAGAAGGCAGUGGAUCAAAGAUUUGAACACAUGGACACUAGACAUGUUCGAUGAGUCUCCUCAUCUCACUACCGUCACGGAGUUUCUAAACUUCAUGGUCAACAAUCAUCCAGACCAAAAGAUUGUGGUGAUGUCACAGUAUCUCAAGUACCUCGACAUCAUCAAUUUGUGCAUGUCGAAGAGGUUCAAGGUCGCUUGUCUACGCUAUGACGGUACAGUCAAUCAGGUUCAACGUAUCGAAGUGCAGAAGAAAUUCGCCAAGCCUGAAUCAGCGCGACCGCUUUUGAUGACUGUGGGAGCAGGAAGUGUAGGUCUCAACCUGACUAGUGGUAAGAUCGUGGUUAUCCUGGAACAGUGGUGGAACAUCUCGGUUGAGAAUCAGGGCAUCUCGCGCUGUCACAGGCAGGGCGCAGAGGACAAAGUGAUUGUAGCAAAGUUCACGGUUCAAAACUCAUGUAUGGAGCACGAGAUAGCACGUGUGAGGCACUCAAAAGCGCAGAUCAACAACUCGCUGAUGAAGCCUCUUGUUCACAAACAUGAUGAGAAGCCAGAGAUUGCAGAGCUGAUCUACUAG